UGAAAGUUGAGAGAUGAGUUAAAUAAAUGAUGACAGAUCAUUAGCUGAGAAUAAUAGUUCACACUUCAGAGAAUUGCAGGCUUCAUCACAGUACUUAAUUCGUCUCUUUCAUUAACAUGCAGAAAAAAAAAUAAAACUUUUUAGCUAAUUAUUUAUUUUGUAUGAAGAUGGAGAAAGAGCCUAAGAAGCUGGUCUUUGGAGCCACUCCAAUUUUUCUCCUUCUUUCUCUGCCUCUGCUUUUCCUCGGCGUCGAUUUCUUCGUGGGGAACAAAAUUCCGUUCGAUCGAUGGAUGCAAUAUUUUUCGAUAUCGGAAAGCAGCUUCGGAGGCGGAAGAGCGAUCAAUAGAACAAUUGAGGAGCAACAAUUCAUGAAGUUUCACUUGGCAAGAUUAGUUAGAGGGGAAGACCGGAGAAAUCUCGAUGCUACGGGUUUCGCGUGCGACAAAUCCGUCCACUCGUACGUAUGCGUGUCAAGCAAGCCCGUAACGAUUCUUGUGAGCAACAUGACGAUCUACGUACCGUCCGAUCGCGACGAACCAACGGUGGCGGUCCGGCCCUACGCGAGACAAGAAGAAACCCUGAAAGACAUCACCCCGGUCAACAUGGUCCGGUACUCCACAAACACCACCCAACCGCCGCCGGCGUGCGACUUCCACCACCAAGUCCCGGCGGUAAUCUUCUCCUCCGCCAGCACGGGGAACAUCUUCCACGAGAUGAACGAGAUAAUCAUCCCUCUGUACAUCACCACCAAGCACUUCCAAUCGCGCGUGCAGUUCAUCCUCGAGGACUACAAGCAAUCCUUCAUCAACAAAUACGGCGUCGUUUUAUCCCACCUCUCUGAACAUGACGUCAUCAACCCGGCCGAUAACCUAACCGCCGCCCACUGCUUCCCGGCCUCAAUCGUCGGAUUAAGAUACCACGACAACCUGGCCCUGAACUCAACGGAGAUUCCAGGCGGAUAUUCCAUGCCCGAUUUCAAGCAAUUCCUCCGACAAGUAUUCAACCUGAAAUUCUCGCACGUGUCGCAAAUACCGAAACCCAGGCUAAUGCUCCUAUCCCGCACGAACACGCGGAGAUUCCUGAACGAGGAAGAACUCAUCGCUCUUAUCAAGGAGAUCGGGUUCCAGAUAAUCGUGAUCAGGAGAUCGAAAAUCGUGUCCAAUCUAACGCGAUUCUCGCAGCUGAUCAACUCGUGCGGGGUGCUGGUGGGGGCGCACGGCGCGGGGCUAACGAACGAGAUAUUCCUGCCAGCUGGCGGGGUUAUGAUACAGGUGGAGCUUCUCGGAACGGGGUGGGGUUCGGAUACUUACUACGGGAAUACCGCACGUGCGAUGGGCGUGAGGUAUUUGCGGUACAGAAUUGAGGCGGGGGAGAGCUCGCUGCAGAAACUGUACGGGGAGAAUAGCACCGUUGUGACGGACCCGGAUUCCGUUUACAGGAACGGAGGGUACAGAGCGGCGAGAACGGUGUUCCUGGAUCAGCAGAAUGUGAGGGUUAAUUUGGUCAGGUUUAGGGAGACGCUUGUUGAGGCGUUUAGUAUUAUUACUGAUUGGGGAGGUAAGUAAAUUAGUUAAUUGAUUAAUUAAUUAAUUAAUUAAUUAGAGGUUUAUUUUUUAUUUUAUUUUUUAUAUUUACUGAGGGUAAAAAAGUAAAACCAUAUUAUUGUUUGUGUACAUACGAACUACGAGGGGUAAUUGAAAACGUAUUGCCUCCAAAAUUUCGAGGCAUUACAUUUUUUUUGGUAAGUGUGUGCGAGUUAAAGUGGGUUGUAACUGUGCAUGGCUAGUAGCUAUUGUAGCAAGUAAUUUUGCUAUUUAGAUAUUUAUUCACGAAAGUUGAAUAUUUUUUUUUUUUACUUUAUGUUUUCGUAGUGUUACUGUAUUUGUCGUUCCGUAAUAAUUGUCUUUGAAAAAAAAAAAUGUUCGAUAU